CUGUGUCUGGUGAGGAACUGUAACCAAUGGAUUCCAGAAGCCGAGCAAACGCUACGCCGGAGGAGCUCUCCCGUUUGGGCAUGGAUCUCACCACGGCCUCCAUCGUGCACGGCGAUAAUUCUCUCUUAGGGCUCGAGGACAGCACCAAACUAUUUGGAGUGCAAGUGGUUCUCAUCCUGGCCUACAGCACAAUCAUUUUGCUCGGCGUCAUUGGAAACUCUCUGGUGAUUUAUGUCGUGUGUAAGUUUAAGACUCUGCGUACGGUCACCAACUUCUUCAUCGCGAACCUGGCGGUGGCCGACUUGCUGGUGAAUACCCUGUGCUUGCCGUUCACGCUGAUCUACACUCUGCUGGGGGAGUGGAAGUUCGGGCAGGUCCUGUGCUUCCUGCUCCCCUAUGCCCAGGGCCUGGCGGUGCACAUUUCCACGGUGACGCUGACCGUCAUCGCCCUGGACCGACACCGCUGCAUCGUCUACCACUUGGAGACGAAGAUGUCCAAGGACAUGUGCUUUUUGGUCAUCGGGAUAACCUGGACCAUCAGCGCCGUGCUAGCCAGCCCGCUAGCCAUCUUCAGAGAGUACGGGCGGGUCGACUUCACGCCCGAGCAGUCGAUCCAGGUGUGCACGGAGAAGUGGCCGGGGAGCAGCCGGGACGGCACCGUCUACAGCAUCUCCAUGCUCCUCCUCCAGUACGUGCUGCCCCUGUCCAUCAUCUCCUUCGCCUAUGUCAGGAUCUGGAGCAAGCUGAAGAACCACGUGAGCCCGGGGGGCCGCAGCGACCGCCACCACCGGAGGAGGAAGACCACCAAGAUGCUGGUCACCAUGGUGGUGCUGUUCGCCGUGAGCUGGCUGCCCUUCCACGCCUUCCAGCUGGCCAUCGACAUCGACAGCAGCGUGCUGGACAUGAAGGACUUCAAGCUGCUCUACACCGUGUUCCACGUCGUGGCCAUGUGCUCCACCUUCGCCAACCCCAUCCUGUACGGCUGGAUGAACAACAACUACAGGACCGCCUUCCUGGCCGUGUUCAAAUGCGAGCAGAGGUUGGACUGCGUCCACCCCGAAGCUCGCGUACGAGUCCGGACCAAAAAGACGCUGGAGACAGCGGACAUUGUCAGCCCGCACUUAAAUGCCACGGAUGUCUGAGUUUGUGGUUUGAAAAAAAACAUAGGUAAUGUAUAUUUGUACCCAUUAGCACAUAAGUGUGUACUCUUGCGUAGGGUAUUGUGGUGUUUUCAAACCGGUUUCUUAUUGGUCGAUUACCUCGGCCAGCUCUGUGAAUUGUAAUGUGUCGUGGAUUCUUUUACUGUGUUGUACUCAACGAUUUUCAAAAAUCAUACAAAAGGGCAUCCUGUCAAAAGUGAAAGCAUUACUACGGGCAUGAUUUUUGUAUUUUGGGGUAGAUCCAUGUGAAACACAGAAUCACACCUAUACCAUUUCUUUGUGAGCCGAUUGAUGAUUUAAACUACUGAUGAUUUUGAAACACCAGCAGACAUUGUUGGCACGCAGGACAUGAGUUUGAUAUUUCUGGUUUGGGCCAUAAGUUUACAAAGGAAAUUUUAAUCAAGAAAAGUGACAUUUAUAGCUUAACAUCACAACAAAUAUGAAAUUGGAACAUGUUGAGCUUCAGUGAUGGGUGAUAAAUAUUUUAGAUAUAAGAUAACUCAUAAACCAUUUACAUAAGAUUGAAUUUAUGUGUCUCAUUGAAAACAAACUUAGAACAAGUUGAAUAUUAAUCACAAUUGAUCUGAAUGGCCAAGUACACAUUAGAAAAGAACUGCCAGGUCUACCAUAUUAAAUGGAAUAUUGCUCUUGUGAAAGUAUUAGAGGCAGCCUGUUGCCACCUACUGGAUCAUAACCAAUUCUAAUAUAGGCAUUAUUCAGUUGCACAAAUUUCCACAUCAGUGCAUGCUAAUGCAUCUACAUUCAGUAUAUUAAUUCCUUCAUAGCAUACAUUUUAUGUAAUU